AUGUGCAGUGCAGAGUUGAACAGAAAUAGGGUAUUUGAAAACUUUAAUUACACGUUGGUCGCUAUAGCACUUUGAUGAUGUUCAAGGUGGAGACAUGUCCCCCUGCCCACGUGAGCCUCUGCAACUUUAUUUCAUCUUGUCAUUGCAUGCCUAGUCCUUCCUGAUUUCCUGUUUAGUGUGUGCUCUUCCUCAGAAUCAACCGACCUUGAACAAGAACCGACAUAAUCAUCUUCUUUUAUUACGUCCUUUGAUAUUUGUUGUGAAAGUUUUCAUCCAAAAUCUACGAGGCCUUUGAUUCAUACUUAAUGAGUCCGGUUAACCAGUACCCCUUGAGAUCCGCAUUUCAUUUGCCUCAUUCUGAUACCCUCGUUCUCGUACAACUCAUUCCCAUCAACUAUUUAAAUGCACCCAUAAUCUUUCUAAACUGAAUAUUUUCACAUUUACAUUUGGAAGACAUGAUGAUGAUUCUAUAUAUUGCAAGAUUUGCAAAAUGCAGAUACAGUAGAUGCAUAAAUCAUAAUGUUUUGUGAUAUAUCUGCAGGACUCUAGUCUCUAGCUAGCUAACAUGAGCGGGCCCUGGCCUAUAUGUCUGCCUAUACCAUACGAAAUACUACACAAAAACCUGCAAUAAAACUUGAAAGCUAAGCAUGAAUGGAUUGAGGGGUAAAGUUGAAAGAGGUGCUGUGAAAUAACAGUGGUACAUAUUCAAUUAUUCAGGUAAAGUGGAAAGGGUGAUUGAAUGUGAGUCUGAAAUGUGGGAUCCAAUGGUUCAGUCUCUUCAAGAAAUAAGUGUCCUUGUCUUCAAUUUUCUGAAGACCUUGUUUCUUCAUGUGGUGCAGUACUUUCAGCUACCAAAACUCCCACUGCUUUCCAUUCAUUUUCUGACUCUAAUGCACUAACUGCUGUUUCAAACACUCACCUGGCCCCCGUUGAGGUUGUCAAACACAAGUGUGUAAAUCCUGGAAUUUGCUGAUCUCGAACAACCCUGAUUUCAUCGAGUCUCAUCUUCAUCUUAAUUCCAACAAGGACUCUCUGAUUCUUAUGAGUGUUGAAAGGAAAAAGUUUAUAGAAACUUAUGAUGACUCUCUAUUUCAAGGGUCCACUAGGAUCAUCGGCUCCGUUCAUGGUUUAGUGUGUUUUUAUAAUUGGCACUGUGAUUUCGAAGGAAUACAAUUUGUGAUAUGGAAUCCUGCUACCAAACAGUGCUUGGCCUAUAUCCCACCUCUCCCUAGUCGAUAUGAGGAGAGAGAGCAUGAUGGCUUGAUUGAUGACUGUUUUGGAUUUGGUUUUGAUUCCGUUGCCAAUGAUUUUAAAGUCAUGUACUUUAUUACCAUUGAAGAACAACCAUUAGAAGGUGAAAUCUAUUCGUGCAAACAUCGGUGUUGGAAGAAGAUCACCCCCUCCAACUUCCUUUUCCGUGGUUAUGUGCCUCCCGAGACACUGCAAGUUAGUUUCCGUGGUUCCCCUUAUUGGCUGAAUAGACAACCUAAUGGAAAUAUUUCACGUCUCGCUGUGAUCUGGUUUGAUGUAGGAAACGAGAUCUUUAGGAUGUUGCCUGAAGUUGGUUCAGUUGACAGAAAACAAGAAAAGAGGUGUGUUCUAAUGAAUUUCAGGGAUUCUAUUGCUGUCAUGGUCUAUGAUUGGAUAUUAUUCUUAACUGAACCGGUUGAUGUAUAUGUCUUCAACGAGAGAUGCAGUGUUUGGAGUAAGAUGUCUAUUGGACCGGUUAUUGGUAAAGAACCAUCUAUAUUCCCCUGGGGACAACAUCUGUUUCAAUGUUUUGAAAAUGGUGAUAUUUUAUUUUUGUGUUCCGGUCUGGAGCUAUGCAGCGUCAAUCUCCACACUCAUGCAAUCAAGAGUAUAGGAAAGGAAGCAAAAUUAAGCUGUGUUUUCCAUUGCUGCGCUUACUCGGAGAGUCUAGUAUUCCUCGAGGGAAUGGAGGACUUCAAGGAAAAAGAAGACCAAGUUGGAAUUUUCUUUCUUAAUAAAGCUUGAAACCCCGGCUUGUUAAUCUGUUUAUUUUGAUGGAAUGUGAUUGUGCAUUUGACAACCAAAUUUUCUUUGCUGUUGUUUAUAUGUUUGUUUAUUUAUCUGUAUGAGACUGUGUGUGUGAGAUAGGAGACUCUGAUGUUUUUCCUAAUAUAUUUUGCGUAGAGAGUUCUCUUAA